AUGAGUGAUGGCACAGUGCGGGUAAACAACUGCUGCUGCUUCACUCCAGCGGCCGUGACCAAGGCCAGAGGCAGAGCGCACCGGACACAAGGACGGCGGCCUCAUCAGGACACUACUACCAGCGCCCUCAGACCCUCAGACUCUCAGAACCUCAAACCAUCAGACUCUCAGACCGUCAGACCCUCAGACUCUCAGACCAUCAGACCCUCCAACCCUCACACCCUCAGACUCUCAGACCGUCAGACCCUCGGACUCUCAGACCCUCUGACCCUCCAACUGUCAGACCCUCGGACCGUCAGACCAUCAGACCCUCCAACUGUCAGACCCUCCAACCGUCAGACCCUCAAACCCUCAGACCCUCAGACCCUCGGACUCUCAGACCCUCUGACCCUCCAUCCGUCAGACUCUCAGACCGUCAGACCCUCAGACCCUCAGACCGUCAGACCCUCAAACCCUCAAACCCUCAGACCCUCAGACCCUCAGACUCUCAGACCCUCAGACUCUCAGACCGUCAGACCCUCAAACCCUCAGACCCUCCAACCAUCAGACCCUCCAACUGUCAGACCCUCCAACCGUCAGACCCUCAAACCCUCAGACCCUCAGACCCUCGGACUCUCAGACCCUCUGACCCUCCAUCCGUCAGACUCUCAGACCGUCAGACCCUCAGACCCUCAGACUCUCAGAACCUCCAACCAUCAGACUCUCAGACCGUCAGACCCUCAAACCAUCAGACUCUCCAACUGUCAGACCCUCAGACCGUCAGACCCUCAAACCCUCAAACCCUCAGACCCUCAGACUCUCAGACCCUCAGACUCUCAGACCGUCAGACCCUCAAACCCUCAGACCCUCCAACCAUCAGACUCUCAGACUGUCAGACCCUCAAACCCUCAGACCCUCCAACCAUCAGACUCUCAGACUGUCAGACCCUCAGACUCUCAGACCCUCCGACCCUCAGACCGUCAGACCCUCAAACCAUCAGACCCUCCAACCAUCAGACCCUCAGACCAUCAGACUCUCAGACCGUCAGACCCUCAGACCAUCAGACCCUCCAACUGUCAGACCCUCAAACCCUCAGACCCUCCAACCAGUCAGACUCUCAGACUCUCAGACCCUCAGACUCUCAGACCCUCCGAUCCUCCAACCGUCCGACUCACAGACUAUUCCCUCUGGUUCCCUCUCCCUCCCCUUCUCCUCUCGCUCAUCUUCUUCUCUCCCUCCUCUCUUCCUCUUCUCUCCCUCCUCUUCUCUUCUCCCUCCUCUUCUCCUCUUUUCCUCUCCCUCCUCUUCUUCUCUCCCUCCUCCUCCCUCAUCCUCUCCCUCCUCUUCUCUUCUCCCUCCUCUUCUCCUCUCUUCCUCUCCCUCCUAUUCUCCUCUUCUUCUCUCCCUCCUCUCUCCCUCACCCUCCUCUUCUUCUCUCCCUCCUUUCUUCCUCUCCCUCCUCUUCUCAUCUUCUUCUCUCCCUCCUCCUCCCUCAUCCUCUCCCUCCUCUUCUCCUCUCUUCCUCUCCCUCCUAUUCUCCUCUUCUUCUCUCCCUCCUCUCUUCCUCUCCCUCCUCUUCUUCUCUCCCUCUUCCUCCCUCAUCCUCUCCCUCCUCUUCUCUUCUCCUCUCUUCCUCUCCCUCCUCUUCUCCUCUUCUUCUCUCCCUCCUCUUCUCUCUCUCUUCCUCUCCCUCCUCUUCUCUCUCCCUCCUCCUCCCUCAUCCUCUCCCUCCUCUUCUCUUCUCCCUCCUCUUCUCCUCUCUUCCUCUCCCUCCUCUUCUUCUCUCCCUCCUAUCUUCCUCUCCCUCCUCUUCUUCUCUCCCUCCUCCUCUCUCAUCCUCUCCCUCCUCUUCUCUUCUCCCUCCGCUUCUCCUCUCCCUCCUCUUCUCCUCUCCCUCCUCUUCUCCUCUCUCUCUUCUUCUCUGCUCCUGGACAGAUCCGACAGAUGCCUCCACACCUCCAAAUGCCUGCAUUUUUCUCACCGAGACUUUACCUUCGUGCGCACUAUAAAACCUGGGAUUUAGCGUCUGUCAGGCUGUUUAAGCAGAAGGCACAAGACAAACAGCGCCACGCCGCCAUGUUCCGCCGAGGCCUUGCAUAA